AUGAACAGGUCCACGACAAUAUUGACCGUUGCAAGCGUCGCACUCGGCGGUGUCCUUGCGUACGCCGUGUACUUCGACCACAAGCGAAGAACCGAUGCCAACUUCCGCAAACAACUUCGGAAAGAAAAAAAGCGUGUCAAGAAGAGCCAGACACCCUCUGAAUCUGGUCAGACUGCGACCGGGGGAGUGGACCCAAAUGAGUUGCGGAGUGCGCUAGAGAGUGUGCGCAACGAAGAAGUGCCACCUGGGCCAGAGGAAAAGGAACAGUACUUCAUGAAGCAAGUUGGUAUGGGUGAACAACUGUGUGCGCAAGGCCCUGUUUUCCACCUCCCUGCUGCGAUGUGUUUCUACCGUGCAUUGCGCGUGUAUCCAUCACCAGUGGAGCUGAUUGUGAUUUACGAAAAGACCGUCCCUCCACCCGUUUUCCAGCUCGUGAUGGAACUUACCAAUUUGGACGUCAAAGACCGAGUUGAAGGGUAUUAUACGUUCUUCCCGCCGAAGGCGAUGAAUGUCGCAGUUGAGACUGUCGAUGUCCCUGAUGGCAAGGGCGGAACUAUGUCAAAGAAAGUCCUUGUCGUGACGAAAGAUUUUGAGGCCGGUGAAGUCAUCUACCAGGAAGAUCCAAUCGUGGCCGUUCUCGAUGCCGAUCUUCAAGGGAAAGGCACACACUGUAGCUACUGCCUGCGCCAGGUCCAAAACGAUCCCAUUCGUCCAAAAUCCGACCGCCUCCACAGCAUCUACUGCUCAUCUGACUGCGAGACCCAGCACAAAGCGCACUCGCAGACUCUGCUCUUCACGCUCGAGCCGCCUCUACCCGCCGCCAUGUCGCCUGAAAUGGGAGGCACGCUACGUGAAGAGCGGGACAACGCCCAGAAAGCGUUCGUUGAGUAUCUCAUAGAGACCAAAAAGGCUGCACCAGAACUUGUGGCACGAUUUGUUGCGCGACAGGUCAGCGCGGAGACCGCUAAGAUGCUACCUCGCGGAAUAAUACCUGGUGUCGCAUCCGAGCCGGUGCUCACGGACGGUGGGGAGUACUCGCUUUACGAUCACCUCGAGCGCCUAAGAUACCUCGAGGUGAACCCCGCGGAUCAUGAGACUCGCGUCUUAAAGGAUGUGCUGCAAACUGCGCUCCCGGGACUUGAACAAUUCCUUACGGACGAGCGGCAUGCAACCUUCGUCGGGAAGAUGUCGUACAACGCUUAUGGAGUAUACUUCGGGGAGGGCAGGGAUGAUAAGCCCGAGACAAGUGCUCGCCCUGAGGACGCUGAGAAAACACGCACGCCCUGCGGUACCUCCAAGCAAAUAGGCUCGGGCUUUUACGCAGUGUCAUCCUACAUCUCGCACAAUUGUGCACCCUCCGCUAAACCCGUCUUCCCAACUGGCACCGCACAGCUGCAACUUGUGGCCACCCGCGCACUUCAAAAAGGCGACGAGAUCAGCGUAGCGUAUGUGGACGUAUCGCAGCGCCCUGGGGAGACACUCGAGGUAGCACGCCGGCGUCGCCGCAUGGAGCUCGUGAGGGGAUGGCGGUUUGCGUGCUCUUGCAAGCGGUGUGCUGAGGAAGGUUCGGGAAGUGAGAUUGAGGAAGGAGGGGACGAGAGCAGGGUGGAGGACGUUGUGACAAGGGCCGAGGGGUCAUGA